AUGGAAGCCUCGACUGGCCGUGGCACUAUUGCCGACUCUUCCAGAACAGACGACGGAAGAGCGUAUGACUCAGUGUCGAACGUCAAUCUUAUCAACGACGGAGGCUCCGGCUUUGCUUUCAACGACGCCGCUUACGCACAAGGUCUUGAUCCACAAAUGUCGAACUUCAACUUUGACGAAACAGACGAGUUUUUAAGAUCGAUAUCCGGUGUGUUGGACAAUUCAAAAGUGUCGUCAAUACCAGCUGAGAGCAAUUUCUCCAUCGCGUACAAUGAACCCUUUUUAUCGCCAUCCUCAAUCAACGGAGAAGAAAUUGUGUUUCCCGAGUAUUUGGGCAGCAAUGUUGCAGAACAACAUGAAUACAUCAAACAUGUUGGAGCUAGAAACAAUGUAUGGAACGAACAACACCAACAACAACAACAACAACAACAACAACAACAACAACAACAACUACAUGCACCUAAUAGUAACAACAACAAACCGCGGUCUGUUUCUUCUUCAGUAGUAACGUUUAAGGAAGAAAAUGUCACGCCAGCUUCACACAUUUCAACUGAGCCUUCCGAAAUCACUACUCCCGACUCAAUCAAUGAAAACAAUUUGUCCGAUAGGCCAACUGCAAGAAAGUCGGCUACAAUCGUCUCCGCUAAAGUGGCAAAGCCCAAAACAGGCAAGGACAAGAGCUCGCAUAAUAUGAUUGAGAAGAAAUAUAGAACCAACAUCAACUCCAAGAUUCUCAUCUUGAGAGACGCCGUACCGUCAUUGAGAAUCGCCGCUGGUUGCGAAGACGUUUCGCUAGCUGAUCUUGAAGGCAUCACCCCUGCGUCCAAAUUGAACAAAGCUAGCGUUUUAACAAAAGCUACUGAAUAUAUCAAGCAUUUGGAGCAGAAGAAUGCAAUCUUGAAGGAGCAAAACUUGUAUUUGCAACGCGUUAUUCAAGAAGCCAAUGCGAGAACUGGUGCUCAAAUUCAAGUUUCCUUUCCACCAUCGCAGCAGAUGUUGCACUCGCCAGUGGAGAGCUCUGCACAACAAGCAGUUAGAAGCCGCGGCAGCUACAGCGAGCAACAAUUUGUUGCUGAGAACGAUUACACUCUUCAGCAACAACAGCAACAUCAGCAGCAACAUCAGCAGCAACAGCAACAACAGCAGCAACAACAGCAACAGGAAGGAAGCAGAAGCCAACCAAAUCGAUUCUUGUUGGGCGGCAUGGCCGCGGUUAUGGGAACGUCCUUGUUUGGUGGUUCUGGCGAGAACGAUUUCCGGAGCUUAAAUGCUCUACCAUUUGCCUCGUCGUUAUUCCCGCACGCAUUCCUCCACCCGACCCCUAUGGUGGUGCAGCUUUGGACUUUGACAAAGUUGAUUCUAGUCAUUGCAAGCUUGGGUUCGAUUUUGUUGCCUUUACUUAAAGACCACUUUACCAAAUCACCCAAGAAUAACCCAAAAAACAGCCUUUCGAAAACUUCUGGGUCGGCGUUGGACUGGGCUAUGGCUGCUUGCUACUUAGGUCUGCCCUUGAAAUUGACAGAUUCUCGCCGCGAGGCCAUAGUUGCCAACUUGAGAGGAGGCAAAUCGUGGACUCAAUUGGCAGCUGAUUUUGGAUCUUUGAUCAACUAUGAAACCAAUUUUGAAAAUACCCUCUUGUUUUUGGUUAUGGGAUCCAUUUUGGAAAACAAAUUCCCGCAAUUGAAGCCCGUCCUCAGCCAUUACUUGCAAAAAAAGAGUCAAGCGAUUACCAAACUUGCAUAUGACGGCACCAAUGCGUCGUUGAAAAAGUUGAACCACUUGAUCACCCGGAUUGAUGGAGCUGAGCUUUUUGCUAGCAAAACCUUGAUCAUGCACAUGACAAAUGUGUUUAACGGUGACGAGAUUGAAGGAUUGCAAGAUCCACAAAGAACUAUUUUCAAUCAUCUUGACCAAAGCCUGGUUAAGGACUACUAUUCGUUAUUCUUGCAAUUGCGCCUUUUGGAAAUUUUACAAGAGUUGAGUCUCACAUACUUGGAGCAGAUCACAAAGAACCAUUCUCAGAUUUUAAAGGACUUGACGGUUGUUGAGCAAGUGACCCCGGAGGACUCUACCGCAUACAUAUACUGCCAGUACUUUAAAACAGUAUUGAAUUCCAGCCGAGCUCCAUAUUUAUUGGAAAAUUUAAAGUUGAAUAUCGACUCCAAACUCGCUCAAGUGGAUGCCAUCAAUGAAGGACGAGAACAAGAAGAAGAGGAAGAGGAAGAGGAAGAGCUUGACGAAUUGGAAGAAAGCUGUGAUGUUUAUGAAGAUGAGACCGUUGACAUACCUGCAAACAAGCCAAAGAGUUCACUCAUCAAAUCUUUGAGAUUGGUUUCCAAGAGCCAAGUCUUGAUCAUACUAUCGUCGUUGGUUACUUAUUACCAUAAAUUGGAUGACUAUGACACUGAAUCCCGCAUCAUGAGAUACUUUGGCGAUUUCAAAGUAGACUUUGAUUUGUUGACAUUUACCAGUUUGUUGACAAUGGUUGGCGAAGUAGUGGUCCAUGGCGGACCCUCUUCAGAGAAUCUGCAAAUGGCAGAUAUAGUUGUUGCUCUCCGGAGAUGGUUGAGAGAAGAUACAAGAUUGAUUAGUGCAGAAUUGAAUGAGAAAUUGACGCAGAUUUUGGUGCAAAAGGGCAAGAUCAUUAAUGGUAUUGAGACUGACGACGAUGACUAUGAUAACGAUGACGACGAUUAUGAAACCGACCGCUAA